AUGCGUGAAGGGAUUCACCUCAAGACGAAACACUGGAACCUGAGGAGGCCUCCGCACUCCGUGGUGCUGCAGUGGAUCGUGGAGGCGUGGGAUCAAUUCUCCAAGCAGGUCAUCAUUGAUGCGUUACGCCACUGUGGGAUAUCAAGCAAGCUGGACGGGACUGAGAACCACCUGGUGAUGUCGCACCUGCGCGCGAGGAGCACCACCGAUGUCUCCAAAGACAUAUGCCUCGGGGGAACCACCAGCGACAACAUGCGCCUGCUUGGGCAGGCUACGAAGGAGGAGGAGGAGGAGGAGGAGGAGGAGGAGGAGGAGGAGGAGGAGGAGGAGGAGGAGGAGGAGGAGGAGGAGGAGGAGGAGGAGAUGCAGCGGGAGGGCAUCAAGGAGGUUGGCGUGGCAACAGGGCUGGAGGUGCUGUACUUGGAGACCCCCAACUACCUUGGAGCGGCGGCCGAAGGCUGA